AUGCCCUACAAAUCCCGCUGGACAAUCGAUAUCCCAGACACCCAUCUAGCAUCUCUCCUCCUUAAAUCCCCAACAGCCCCCCUCUCCAAAACCCACAAGUGUUUCAUCGAAGCCGCCCGGCCAGAAACCCACUACCUCACACUCCAUGACUACCGUCUCUGGAGCCAGCGGUUCGCCACCGGACUUCUAAAAUCUGGUCUCCAGCCCGGUGACCGCGUCCUCCUCUUCUCAGGAAACGACCUCUUCUUCCCAGUAGUCCUCAUGGGCAUCGCAAUGGCAGGCGGGAUCUUCUCCGGCGCAAACCCCACAUACGUAGCCCGAGAACUCGCCUUCCAGCUCCAAGAUAGCGGCGCAAAGUACCUUCUCUGCGCAUCCGCAAGUCUCGAUACAGGAAUCGAAGCAGCUGCUUUAGCCGGCUUACCACGGAAGAAUGUAUACGUCUUCGACAGUGGUGUUUACGAUAACAUUUCCAAUGCCCAGAAAGGAUGUCCGUAUUGGGGCGAUCUCAUCGCUCCAGCUGAGGAAGGCGAGGGGUUCGCGUGGGAGGAACUAUCUACGCCCGAGCUUGCGGAUAGGACGCUCGUUUUGAAUUACUCUAGUGGAACGACCGGCCGGCCGAAGGGAGUGGAGAUUACGCAUAAGAACUAUACGGCGAAUAUGCUUCAGUAUACGUUCUUGCAGACUUUGCAUCCGGAAUAUGAGACUGGGCGCAGGGCGCGGAUGCGUUGGCUGUGCUUUUUACCCAUGUAUCAUGCGAUGGCGCAGAAUAUAUUUAUCGCGGCGGCGUUGUAUCAUGGGGCGCCUGUAUACAUUAUGCCGAAGUUCGAUUUUGGGAAGAUGCUUGAGUAUACGCAGGCAUUUCGAAUUUCGGAUCUGAUUCUUGUGCCGCCUGUUAUGGUUAUGUUGGCUAAGCAUCGUGUGAGGGAGUUUGAUUUGAGUAGUGUGGAGGUUGUGGCGAGUGGAGCAGCACCUUUAGGGAGGGAGGUUUGUGCUGACGUGGAGAAAUUGUGGCCUGAUGGGGUUAUUAAUGUUAAGCAGGGGUGGGGGAUGACUGAGACCACUUGCUCCAUCCUAGGAUGGGAUCCAAGAGAGAUCAGUGACUCUGCAUCUGUCGGGGAACCCAAUGCCAAUUGCGAAGCGAAGAUCAUGGCAGAUGACGGUACCGAGAUCAUGGCUCGCAAUCAGCGCGGUGAGCUGUGGGUCCGUGGACAAAACGUCAUGAAAGGGUACUGGCAGAACCCAACAGCGACUAAAGAGACCAAGACAGCCGAUGGUUGGCUGCGAACGGGUGAUAUCGCCUAUGUAGAUAAUCAGGGCAAGUUCCAUGUUGUGGAUCGAAUGAAGGAAUUGAUCAAAGUCAAGGGCAAUCAAGUGGCACCGGCCGAACUAGAAGCGCUUCUUUUGGAGCAUCCGGCCAUUGCGGAUGUUGCCGUGAUUGGCGUGACGAUUGACCAUGACGAGCGGCCUCGGGCAUAUGUCGUGUUGAAUCCGGGACAAUCGGCCAGCAGUGAGGAUAUUGUUCGGUUCAUGGACGGAAAGGUCUCUGCCACGAAGCGGAUCACUGGUGGGGUAGUGUUCCUUGAAGCGAUCCCAAAGAAUCCAUCUGGGAAGAUUCUGCGGACAGUACUACGCGAGCAAGCGCGGGUGGAGCUGAAGCAAGGUGUUACGGCCAAACUCUAG